AUGUCAUCAUUAUCAUUAGGAUUUGUUUGGUUAGAUAGACGCAGUGGCAAUUUACCUGGUGGAAAUCAAAAGUUAAAAGAAAAAUUUCGGAAACUUCUUUCGCCAAUUCGCCAAUUCGAUAAACCAAAUUCCUGUUUGGAUUCGAUUGAAUUAUCGCUAAAAGACAAAUGUCUUUUCUUUUUAACAUCAGAUAGUUUUGCCGAUGAAGCAUUUCUUAAAAAAAUAGCUGCAAUGCCAAAUAUUUAUCGUAUUUAUAUUUAUGAUCAACAAGGAAAUAAUUAUCAAUUUGAUGAUACAAAUCUUGCGAGAAAGAUGGGUUCAGAAAGAAUUAUACAGUUUGAUGAACAACUUUAUAAACAAAUUAUCGUGGAUUUAAUUAAAAUAUAUUCCAAAGAAUCUGAUCAAGCAGGGCAAGGAAAACAAGCAAAAGAAUUACUUGAAUCCGCUGUUACAUUAAUUAAUACGAUCGAUGAUAAAGAUGAAGAUUUGGAACAAAUGGAAAAUUAUUUAUUAACUCGCAUCAGUUAUCUUAAAUAA